CAACUCUUCCUCCUCCAACUCUCUCUCUCCGUCUCUUGCUGUGCCCCCGCCGCCGCAGCCCAGACGUGACAACUCCACCAACCUCCUCCGCCGUGCUAUUUUCUAGAAGUUCAAGGCUUAUUUACCUUCUCUUUGUCUGUGUGUUAGAGGCGAAGAUGAACAAUCCAGCUCAUGAUUUUCAUGAAGAAGAAGAUGACCAGGGGGACAUAUUUCUUGAUGAAGAUGACAUAAUCCGCGAAUCCGCUGUUGAUGACGAAGAUCUUCCUGAUGCAGAUGAUCAAAGUGUUGAUGAGCCGGAUGACGAUGACUCGGUGCACACGUUUACUGGCCAUACGGGUGAGCUUUACACAGUUUUCUGCAGCCCAACAGAUCCUACUUUUGUUGCAACCGGUGGUGGAGAUGACAGAGGGUUUCUUUGGAGAAUUGGAGUAGGAGAUUUUGCGUUUGAGCUCCAAGGUCAUAAGGAUUCUGUUUCUAGUUUAUCAUUUAGUACCGAUGGGAAGUUGCUUGCAUCCGGAAGCUUAGAUGGAACUAUUCAAAUUUGGGAUGUAGCGUACGGAGUUGGAAAAAGAACUCUUGAAGGUCCUGGAGGGGGCAUUGAGUGGGUCAGGUGGCAUCCUAGGGGGCAUCUGGUUCUGGCUGGUUCAGAGGACUGCACUGUGUGGAUGUGGAAUGCUGACAGUGGGUCCUAUCUUAAUAUGUUUUCAGGCCAUGGUAGUAACGUGAGUUGUGGUGAUUUUACCCCUGAUGGUAAAACAAUAUGCACUGGUUCUGCUGAUGCAACUUUGAGGAUAUGGAAUCCAAAAAGUGGCGAAAACAUUCAUGUCAUACAAGGUCACCCAUACCAUACUGCUGGAUUAACAUGUUUGGCAAUAAGCUCUGAUUCAACUCUAGCUUAUACUGGUGCUGAAGAUGGUUCUAUCCGUAUCGUCAACAUAACUACCGGAAAGGUUGUUAACUCCCUGGCUUCACAUUCAGAUUCUGUCGAAUGCAUCGGGCUUGCACCAAGCUCCCCUUGGGCUGCAACAGGAGGUAUGGAUAAGAAGCUUGUUAUCUGGGACUUGCCUUCUUCAUCGGCCCGUGCUACAUGUGAACAUGAGGAUGGAGUGACAUGCUUGACAUGGCUUGGUCAAUCAAAUUACCUAGCAACAGGUUGUGGGGAUGGAAAGGUUCGAGUCUGGGACAGUCGCUCUGGGGAUUGUGUUAGAACCUUCAGCGGCCACACCGAAACUAUACAGUCUCUUUCCGUCUCUGCCAACCAAGAGUUUCUUGUUUCAGUAUCUACUGACGGAACUGCCCGAGUUUUUGAGAUUGCAGAAUGCAAGUGAGCAAAAUAUCCUACAUAGUUUUGUAACAAGUACGGUAUUAGAGUUGUGCAUUACUUACUUAGAGAGUCUAGGUGUCAUUUCUUAAUCUUCCCAACUCCUAGUGAUUUAUCGAGGUGGUAGCCACAGCCUCAUAGUGCCUAGGCAAAGAUUUUUAGAACUAGUAGUUUUAGCUGUUCAAUUCAAUUUCAACAACUUUUAGAUAUUUUAUUUUCAUCUUAGAUAUUCAUUUCGUAUCAUUCACUACUUCGCACUAUUGAAGAAUUUUCUCA